AUGCCGCCUGGCGCGAAGAAGAGAAAGGCGUUGAAGAAGAAGCAGCAGCAACAACAACAUCAACCGAUUGGAACAAGUACGAACAACAAUAAUAAUGGCGAUAAUCUCCACGGAGGAAAUGAGGAACAUGGAGGAAGCCAAGAUGAUAGGGAAAGUGAUAGCAAUUUGAGUUCCCCUGGCUCUCAAGGAAAUGAACAAUUUGGUGGAACACAAGAUCCAUCUGCUGCUGCUUUGGUGAAGGACACUGCUAAAGAGAUAUCAGAGGUUACUCAGGGAUUAGGACCAAAUAGUGGAAAUGGUUCUGUAGUUGAAAUAGGAAUCGAUGAGAAGAAAACUAUUGUGGAGAACAGUGGGAAUGUUAUUGCAGUUGAAAGAGGAACGGAUGACAAGAGAUUUAUUGUGGAGAAAUCUCCCAUUUCCUCUUAUGAAAACUGUACUCAGACCGCCAAAAACGCAGCUUCUCUGGAUCCUUGUCUUGAGGAGAUCACUCAUGUUGUUGAGUCUGUCUCGGAAGUAGUGAUUUCUGAAAAGAAUGAGCAUGCUGAGACGUCAACACACUCGAUGAAGUCCGGUGCAACUAAAGAGUAUCCAUCUACGGGACUGGAAAAAGAGAAUGGUAAGUUGGCUACUCGUCCUGGCUCUGCUACUGGAACAAGCAGAAAGGUAGAGAGUGAAUCUGAAGUUCCACUAUCCUCUGAGGAAAAGCGUCUUUUGUUGCCUGGUCCUCCAGCCGUCCGAACUUCGUGGUUAAGUUGCUGUGGUUUGUUUGAUGCGAUGACCGGAUCUGACAGAUAAACGCAGUUUUCGGUACCUAUUAGCAACUUAGAUGUUGUUUGUUUGGGAGUCACAGAAUCUUGUAAAAAUAUCAUGUGCUGCAGCAGAGCAGGAGUUACAUAAAAAUGGACGCACAUGGCAGACAGAGCUCAAAGACAACAACGGAUUCAUGGUCGGUAC